CCAAGUAUUUGCUAUCUAGGCACGCAGCCAACUUUACGUCUUUUCUUCUUCACACUUCAGACAAGUUAUCAAAAUCUACGCCCAACAGCUAGAAACAGAAAAAAGAGUGUUAGUGGGGAGAUUCUUUUGGCUGAUCCCAGAAGCCAGAGAUGGAGAGAAAAGUACUUCUGGUUUGCUGCGCGGUGGGACUACUGGGGCUGCUAUCUGCCGCCACAGGUUUCGGCGCCGAGGGCACGAGAAUCAAGGUGUCUCAGGUUCAGUUUGUCUCAACUGUUAAAUGUGAAUACCCUCGGAGUCCGGCUCUUGGACUUGGUGUAACUGCUGCAAUGGCUCUUAUGUUAGCUCAAAUCAUUAUAAAUGUAUUUUCUGGGUGCAUUUGUUGCAAAAGGAGCCCUCAGCCUUCCAACUCUAACUGGACAGUAGCACUGUUCUGCUUUGUUCUUUCCUGGUUCACAUUUGUUAUAGCGUUUCUUCUGCUGCUCACUGGUGCCGCACUCAAUGACCGACAUGGUGUAGAAAGCAUGUACUUUGGCAACUACUACUGUUACGUUGUGAAACCCGGAGUGUUUGCCGGAGGUGCCCUUCUGUCAAUUGCAAGUGUGGCACUCGGAAUUGUCUACUAUGUCACCUUAAAUUCAGCAAAGAACAGUGAUCCUUCAUGGGCUGGUUCCACUCCUAAUCAAGGGGCAAUAGCUAUGGGGCAACCCCAGAUGCCACCGCAGAGUACUACUACCCAAGAACCAGUAUUCGUCCAUGAAGACACGUACAUGAGGCGGCAGUUCACAUGAUCUGGGGCUCACAUUGGUAAGACUUUAUGGUAUGAGCCUAUGAUCAGUCUCUGAAGAUGUAAUAGUUGGAAUUCUAAGGGGGUUUAAUUUUGUGCAUAACGUACUGUCCAAGAAACCGAAUGUGUUUGAAUACCAGCUGGAUGGAUUAUUUAAGAUUUACGAAUUUUACAUGGA